AUGGGCCAACAGAAUAAAACAUCAACUAGCUUCAUUCUGGGCAUGGUGUCCAGCCUACCUCAGCUGCAGAUCCCCUUUUUUUGGGUCUUCCUCAUCAUCUACUCUGUCACACUGGCGGGCAACCUGGGCAUGAUCAUCCUGACCAAGCUGGAUGCCUGCUUAUGCACACCAAUGUAUUUUUUCAUCAGACACCUGGCUUACAUUGAUCUGGGUGAUGCCACUGUGAUUUAUCCCAAAAUGUUGGUAAAUUUUGUUAUAGGUCAAAAUACCAUUUCUUAUCAUGCUUGUGCCACCCAGAUGACCUUCUUCAUUUUGUUCAUCAUCAGUGAACUUUUCAUCCUGUCAGCCAUGGCCUACGACCGCUACGUGGCCAUCUGCGACCCUCUGCUCUACAACGUCAUCAUGUCCCAGACGCGCUGCCGUGUGCUGGUGGGCAUUCCAUACCUCUACAGCACCUUUCAGGCUGUGUUGAUCACUAUUAAGAUUUUUACACGGCCUUUCUGUAGCUCUCACGUCACUCAUUUCUACUGUGAUGAUGUUCCUGUCCUACUUCUGUUAUGUUCAAAUGCACAAGAUAUAGAACUGCUGAUCAUCCUGUUGUCAGCAUUCAAUUUGAUAUCCUCUCUCCUGGUCAUUCUUUUGUCCUACAUGCUGAUUCUCUUAGCCAUAUGUCGGAUGCGUUCUGCAGAAGGGAGGAAGAAGGCUUUCUCCACAUGUGGCUCCCAUCUGACGGUGGUGGCCAUCUUCUAUGGGACACUUCUCUUCAUGUAUGUGCAGCCCAAGUCCUCUCAUUCCUUCGAAACUGAUAAACUAACAUCUGUGUUUUACACUCUAGUGAUCCCUAUGCUGAACCCUCUAAUCUAUAGCUUUAGAAAUAAAGAAGUAAAAAAUGCCUUCCACCGGGUUUUUGGGAAUCUGUCUAAAAUUACUUUAAUGUUUCAUUUAGUAUUCUAG